AUCGCUCUCUGGCUCCACUUGCGCUCGCAGCCUCCUGCCUGUUCGCAGCUCUCCGCUCUCUUCUCUCCGCCUGUCCUCCUGUAUUGCGCGCGCACACAUACACAUAUAUGCAUGCAUGCGCACACUUUCACUCUUUCUUUCUCUCUCUCUGUCUGUCUCAGUCACAUCGGUCCCGUGCAGACUUGAGGAAGCCCCGGAGAGGAGAUGAUGCCGGUGGUGAUUCUGUUGGAGCUCUUUUGGUGAUUUUUUCCAGGGUUUUUUUCCCCAUUUAAACAAACAGAAAACUAGACUCAGAGCAAUGUUGAUGCAACAGCACCUCUUCUCUCUGCGCUGUGUUGAUCUGCCUGCCUUCUGCCCAGCAUCAGCCCAUUUUGGGGGGAUUUAAGCGACAGAGAGUGUGCUGCGCCGGCUGUGCGCUCUGCGGCUCUGGUGCACUGGAUCUUCUUCGUCUCCGCUUUAAUUCACACAGAAGGAUGAUCAGUUCUUUGCGCCGACAGGAAUAUUACUACUUCAGCUGUCAAUACUCUUAUCCACUUCUUUGCCCCGGCCAGAUCGCAGUCUGAGGCGCCCCGGUCCCCUGAAGGGAAGAAGAAGCAUGUCAGAGGCACCUGUGUUGCACAUGGAAAUGAGCCGUCUGCUGCUGCUGCUGCUGGACUCCAGCCUCUAAACUAAAGAGAUUAUCCCCAAAAUAACAGAAGAAAUCGGAUCCUAAGAGUUUCCUUCUGACCAGCUGAGAAUUCCUGUAGCUGCUUAACCAGCUCUAUGAUUUUCUGACUUCCCAAGCCUGCGAUUUUGGCAUCUGACUAAGAGGUGAUUAGAGAAAUCCCCCGGACCCUGUCAGAAACUCCGAAUCAGCACACUUAUACACUGAGAUGACCCAAGAACAGUGCACUCAUAGGAACAAUGUCCAGAGUUCAGAGAAACCACAAGUGUACAAAGUGGGAAUAUACGGCUGGAGGAAACGCUGCCUUUACUUCUUCGUCCUGCUGCUGAUGAUCCUGAUCCUGAUCAACUUGGCACUAACUAUCUGGAUCCUCAAAGUCAUGAACUUCACCAUAGACGGGAUGGGAAACCUCAGAAUAACAGAGAAGGGCCUGAAACUGGAGGGGGACUCUGAGUUCCUCCAACCCCUCUAUGCCAAAGAAAUCCAGUCCAAACCAGGCCGCCCACUGUUCCUGCAGUCAUCCAGAAACGUGUCCGUCAAUAUCGUCAACAACAACAACAAGCUGCUCACACAGCUCGUCACAGGAUCCAGUGGAUUUAAAGCACGAGGCAAGAUGUUUGAAGUGAAAUCCACCUCUGGGAAGCUCCUGUUCUCCGCCGACGAGCAGGAGGUGGUGGUGGGUGCAGACCGGCUCCGAGUGAUGGGGGCCGAAGGAGCCGUGUUCAGCAAAUCAGUGGAGACGCCGCAUGUCAGAGCUGAGCCGUUCAAAGAGCUGCGGCUGGAGUCUCCUACCCGCUCUCUGCUGAUGGAGGCCCCUAAGGGAAUCCAGAUCCUGGCUGAGGCCGGAGACAUCCAGGCCAUCUGCAGGAGCGAGCUGCGACUGGAGUCCAAAGACGGAGAGAUCUCGCUGGAUGCUCAGAGGAUUCGGCUGUUGCAGCUGCCCGAGGGGAAGGCCUCCACCAGCUCCUCGUCCUCUGGGACCAGGCAGACUGUCUACGAGGUUUGCGUUUGCCCCAAUGGGAGGCUCUUCCUGUCCCAGGCUGGCACCGGAUCCACCUGCCAGAUCAGCAACAACGUCUGCCUCUAGGACUCAUACGUACAAAAAUAAACAAACGCAUCCUGAAAGAGAGACGGGCUGAACAGACAGAUGUACACAUAUCGCCUGCCUUUAGGACUGAUUCACAGCUAACACGUACAGAAAUACAAAGACUGCCAGAGCUGAUGGACAAACAAUCAUAGAUACUGUACUUACACAGACACACUGAUGUAAACACUUUACAAUCACAGACUGAUGUUUAGGCCCAGCUGAUAUGUUUUAAGCUCCUGACAUGUUUCAGUUUAAUGCAACCUUUUUCUUUCCCUUAAUUUCCUGAGUUGAAGUCGAUCAUCAUGAGAACCUAAAAGUCUCCGCUAAGCUCUUCACACAUAGUAAUACAGCUGAGGUCUCCGUCACAUCGGGAAUAAACUGACUCUAUUUAACGAAAGGCCAGUAUUUGUAAUAUAUCCGUGUGAUCCUAACAGUCAUACGCAGAGAUCUGUAAUCGCACCACACAUAUUUUAACACGUGAACAUGGUACACACACACACACAUUGUUUGCUUGUAGAAGCCUCCGGGUAGAAACUAAAAGGAGGAUCUCCAGAGAGUUACUGAAGGAGACACCGACGUGUUCCCUUCCUCUGUCAAGAGCAUUUCAGUACGAGAAUCACUAGGGUGAUCACCCUCCUUUUUCCUCCAUCUUCUCUUUCCUUCCUUGUAGCUUGCUUCAGUUGAGGUUUUAAACUGCACACCAGUGGUUCUCAAACUAGUGGGUGGGCGCUAAUUUAGAGAAAAGAUUUUUGAAGGAAAGGACGGACUGGAAAGACCUUUGUUUCACAAAGAUUCCACUUGGAUCCUCUUUUUAUUUUUGAUGUUUGAUAUAAAACAAAUACACGUAUAUGCAUCCAAAAACUGUGGGGUCCUAACAUUUUUCAGCCUCUGAAAGAAAGUUUGAGAACUACUGAUGGCGACUGUUCCUAGAGUUCCAUCAGGACAUAAAACAAACGCAAAGACUUUCAAAACUGUUUAAGUUCAAUUUUAAGCGAACAACAAUUACAGCGUGCCUCUGUCACAGUUCCCUUAUGAGUUUGGUUUGAUUUUGUGGGGAUGUGUUGAUGCUAAAUUGUGACAGUAAGACCAUGUGCAGGUUGCUAUGCUUAUCAGACUGUGAAGCCAUGUUCAGAUCAUCUUGCAUUUACUCAGCUGGGCUUCUGUUCGCUUCUUUCCAAAAAAUAUUUGGCUUCGAAGAAACAAACGUGCACUGCAUGUUCAGCAAAGUGCUCGGUUUGUAAAUUCACUUCUAACGACAACGUUAGUUUUCUAAAACAAAUCUUUUCAUAUUCUUUGAAUUUGCAGAAUUUUUAAAAUAUUUGAAGUUUUUUUCCUUCAACGGUUUGAGAAGGGAUUCCUUCACAUCCCGUUUAUUAUCUCAGAAUUCAGAGUUUUUCUCCGGAAAAAAGUCCUGACCCUGAGGUUAUUUUCUCUUCAAUGUAGAUAACUUUACCUUGACAGCAAGUCUCGAAAGUAUGCCACAGUAUGGUCACCUGCAGUCCAGCAACCAUCAACUGCCAGUGUAGUUACAAAACAUUAAGCACACAAAGCCAGGUCUCUACAGCACUACAUCUACUAUCACUACUCUCCGUCAGUGUCCGCGUAAAAAUCAGAGUCAAUCUCAGUGAGCCAAAAAGGAAAAAUUAGGAGCAUUUCAGUUGAAGGGAAAGGAGCUAAACAGUUAAAACACAAAAUAUGUCAAAGAGCGAUGUUUCAAAUGGAAGACCAUGUUAGUGUGGUGGCCUCAUGCUUGUACGAGGUGAUCCUGGCCGGUAAAGCCCUAGCACGCUGAUCCCGUGGUGAAGUUCUUCUCACGGAAAUCAUUCCCUUGACAUUCAAAGCAUAAUAAAACCACAACAGGAACGUUCAUGUUUUCCACAUGGGUGUGGCUGCUGGAGGUGGCUAACGGCUAACUAAUUCCAUUUAUUUACAUAGCACCAAACCACAAUAAGAGUCACCUAAAAGCGCUUUGUGUUACAAAGUAAAGCAAAUUUAAAACUGUCAGAAGAAAAAUGAUCAAAAUUCCAACUUUUGUUCUCUAAAGUUGGAAUUUUGAUCUUUUUAUUCCUGUUCUCUGCCACAGGGUCCCAUUUCACUCUGGACGAUCACUUGAGCGUGCCCCAUUAACGUCCAGAGAGUUGGAGUUUUAGAUUGUGUUAGAAGUUCUCUGGUUCAGAUCUCCAGUCUAGACUCACUUUGUCGGCCUAAUCUUUUAAUCUUAACUCUUGUAUUCUUUGUGAUAUGACAUGAACAAGGCAGCAGAGGCUGAAGCAUUGAUCUGUUUGAAUUCUUUAAACAUUUAAAGCAAACUGUGUUAACUUUGAGUUCUGUGGAUAUUUUAUUUAAUCUCACGUAUUGAUUGUAUGCUAACUGUUGUUGUUGCCUGCAUAAAUUCUGACCCCUGAAAAGAGAGCAUCAGCUUCCCUCCUAUCGUCCUAACACUGAAGAAAAUGUUGAAAAACAGCAACAGCUUUGAUAUUUCCAAACCUCGCAUAGAAAAACACAAACAUCCAACGUGAGCUGCUUGAACCUCGCCGGUGGUCACCCUACUUGUUUCUUGCACUGGGACAUUUUUUUUAAAAAGGACAAAAAAAAGAUUUUAAAAAAUACAAAAAAAACUAAGCGAGCCACUCUGUUGAAAGAGGGGAACUGUGCCUGUGCCUUACGUCGAUGCACUUGUGGCAAGAAAAAGCACAUCACCCAGACUUUCUUUGGCAUCAGUGAGUAUUAUGAUCUCUGAUUUCAGUUGUGUUUCAUCACAAAUCUUUCCCUGUGUGCGAAUGCAAAGACCUUUGUUCCAUAUCUGACUGUAGCGCCCCCUGCUGUCAACACCUGACUCUGCAAAAGGAAGUGCCGGCUUUGUUUUUUCCAUGUAUCACUUUAGUUUCUUGUUGCAUGAUCAAAAUCUGAAGUUAAAAGUGGCGCACGUGAUCCUGUCGAGUUGAGUUUGAUUUCCACUGCUUAUCUUGAACCACUGACUCAAAAAUAUCCAGUCACGUACUGCCAUUUUUUCACAAGUGCUGGCGUCCAAGAGAAAUAACAAGGGGGUGUUUGGUUUCACAGCUACCCUUGGAAAGAGUAGCUUGGAUCUAUUCUAAUGGUUGUCAAAACACGUCUUUACUGAUGUGUACUGAAUGGUCACAACUCAUCGUUAAAGCUACAGGAGAGGUCAUCAAAUGUCAUGCAUCCAAAUGCUCAUGUGGACUAUAAUCAACCAGAAUUUAAAUUUAUGUUUUUUAAUUUUUAUGGUUGGCAUCGAAAUUAAGACCCUAGACAGUAUGAAAGGUGAAUUAAACCUUUAUGACUGCUCAGUGGUUAGUGACGUCUGUGAAGCUUUAAUUUGAUUGUUUUUCACCAUCACAAUCUUGUUGUUUCCAUUCUAUAAGUAUCGCCCCCUGGUGGCCAUUAAAUGUAAUGCAGGUUUCAGGCAUUUCAGGGGUGACUUUGCUUUUCAGAUCCAGUUGGUGUGCCAAUCUUUCAUACUGUCUGUGGGUUAGACCAGGAUCACUUUUGCCGCUGGCACCAAAGGACACCUCGUGUGUAUCACUCGGUCUUUGUGUCUUGACAUUGUGAGUUCAAUGUAGUGUUUUGAGAUCAGAAGGAAAUUCCCAAAACCAUCCUAUGAUACUGCACAGAUAUUGUCGAGAGCUAUAUAGAAUAUCUUCAGUUUAACAUAAAAAGUGUUUGCCACCAAGUCUUGCAGAAUUGUGCAGUUUCAAUAUUCAUGUCUGGUUGCAGAAUUAAAUCUGCGGCAGCAAGUAUGGAAAGUUGCCUAAUUACCAUAUCUGCAAGGCUGUAGUAAUACAUCAGCUAAAGCAUUCACUGACGAUGUGUUUAGUUCCCCCCCGGUUUCUGUUUCCGUUUGGGUCGGGCAGCCAGCCGGUGGUAUGAAAACAUCGCUCACCUGUGAUGUGUAAAUGUGGCAGAAAUCGAGGCAUUUUACAUCUUAAAGCACAUUUUAAGAUGCAAUAACUGGAAGUGCAAAGUUGUGAAGAUCUUUCAUCGACACACCGAAAAGGAACUCGACGUUUCCUAUUAAACGCAGUCACAGUAGUGCGCAGCAUUUAUUUUACUCAUGUCUCAGUUGUUGUGUGUGUCACAUCCUUUUCCAGAGUCGGGUGUACCAACCUUCCCGCUGUCUCCAGCUUCUCUGUCGCUGUAUAUUAAAGGACCUUCACAAAUAUUUCACCACUAAAAUUGAACCUAACUGAUGUAUUUGUUUUUUUGACUACAUGUACACAGGAGGAAUUCUUCUUUUUUAUACGGUUGUAUAUGUAAAUAAUGUAACCUUGUCGGUGCAGCAUUAGAUGAUUCACACUGACAGAAGAGAAACACUGCUCUUUUACAAAAAGGAAAAUCUCUUUUUAUAUUGUACAUCAGUAUGUGUUUUUGUACCAAAAGGGCAAAAAAAUAACAGUGUUAAAGGAUGUCCACUGAGUUAGCAUGUACAGAAAUGUAUACAAUGUUCGCCUGUGGAGAACAAGCUGGUUUUGUUUUUCUGCCUUCUCCUUCCUACGCCCGUCUCUCCUGCUGAGCUCAGAUGUUCCACUCAAACACAGACCUGCCUUUCAUUUGGUUUUGUUGCCGUUGUUGUUGUUGUCGUUCUGUUGGGCCCGAGGUCUUUGCAUUCUCUCAAAGUGUGCCGUGUGUAAAUCUGUGCAACUACGAGUGAGCUUUUGUUUUGUUUUGGUUCUUCUGCUCCACAGAACGUGCUGAACGACGCUCAGAGAAGUACAAAGAAACAGAAAGCAGAGACCGGGAUGUCGCACAGGGCUGAGGAGAAGUGUUUUGAUCAGGCAUACCCAAAAAGAGAAAGAAAGGAAAAGCAGCUGGUGUUAUUAACUCACAGUAAAAGGACUUAAGAAAGUAAAUAAUUACUCAUUAGCCAUCGCUCAUCUCCUCCAGCGGGCUGUGUUGCUGAUCGAUCUCUGUGAUUGGCCGGGCGGUGUUGCUCUGGAAGCAGUUCUUCCAGCCCUGUGUUUAUGCUGAGCGCUCUGUACUUCUGUCUCUGGCUACGCACUGGGGUUAACAUCCAUCCUGAGUAUUUAUAUUUUUCUUCAUUUUGAAUCUGAAACUGCCGUUCAUGGAGUAGUUUUCAAAGAUGCCAAAAUAAAAAGGCGUUGUUUAAAUCGA